CGCGCGGCGCGGGGGCGGGGCGGCUUGUGUUGGGGGAUAGCCUCGGUGUCAGCCAUCUUUCAAUUGUGUUCGCAGCCGCCGCCGCGCCGCCGUCGCUCUCCAACGCCAGCGCCGCCUCUAGCUCGCCGAGCUCCAGCCGAAGGAGAAGGGGGGUAAAUAAGGAGGUCUCUAUACCAUGGCUCGUACAAAGCAGACUGCCCGCAAAUCCACCGGUGGUAAAGCACCGAGGAAGCAACUCGCUACAAAAGCCGCUCGCAAGAGUGCGCCCUCUACUGGAGGGGUGAAGAAACCUCAUCGUUACAGGCCUGGUACUGUGGCACUCCGUGAAAUUAGACGUUAUCAGAAGUCCACUGAACUUCUGAUCCGCAAACUUCCCUUCCAGCGUCUGGUGCGGGAAAUUGCUCAGGACUUCAAAACAGACCUGCGCUUCCAGAGCGCAGCUAUCGGUGCUUUGCAGGAGGCAAGUGAGGCCUAUCUGGUUGGCCUUUUUGAAGACACCAACCUGUGUGCUAUCCAUGCCAAACGUGUAACAAUUAUGCCAAAAGACAUCCAGCUAGCACGCCGCAUACGUGGAGAACGUGCUUAAGAAUCCACGAUGAUGGGAAACAUUUCAUUCUUUAAAAAAAAAAAAAAAAAAAAUUCUCUUCUUCCUGUUAUUGGUAGUUCUGAACGUUAGAUAUUUUUUUUCCAUGGGGUCAAAAGGUACCUAAGUAUAUGAUUGCAAGUGGAAAAAUAGGGGACAGAAAUCAGGUAUUGGCAGUUUUUCCAUUUUCAUUUGUGUGUGAAUUUUUAAUAUAAAUGCGGGGACAUAAAGCAUUAAUGAAAGUCAAAAUGUUUCAGUGAACAAGUUUCAGCAGUUCAACUUUAUAACAAUUAUAAAUAAACCUGUUAAAUUUUUCUGGACAA